UCAGAAAGAGAAGAUGUCUGAUAAGUGUGAUCUGUGUCUGCUGGGACUCAUCUUUCUCUCUUCACUUCUCACAGGUAUCAGUGGAGUGGAUGAUCAUGUGUUCAUCAGUUCUGGUGAAAAUGUCAGUCUGUCCUGUAAUAAUGCUCUUCAUGACUGUAGAUCAACUACAUGGAUCUAUUAUAACAGACAUUCAGCAGCAGUUGAACUAAUCGCUUUAGGAAUAAAGAGGAAAGACACAGAGAGACAUGAGAGACUGAGUCUGAGGUCUGACUGCUCUCUGAACAUCAAGAACAUCACAGAAGAAGAUUCUGGACUUUACACCUGCAGACAAUAUGUGAAUGGAAUAAAACAAGGACCUGAUGCUCUUGUUUAUCUGCAUGUUCUUCAGGUUUCUUCAUCAUCUUCAUCAUCCUCACAGACUGAGAUCAGUGCAGACUCUGUGACUCUCUUCUGUCAGCUGUAUUCAUUUACUAGAGUCUCUUGUGAUUGGAUCAGUUCUGAGAGAAUUGAGAUGUUCUGGGUGAAUCAGGCUGGUGUUAAACUGAAGAGAUCAGACUCCAGAGAUCAGAUAUUAAUCUCAUCAGAUCACUGUAUCAUCAGACUGAAUACAACACUCCUGAAUGAAGAUCUCUACAGAGAGUGGAGAUGUGAAGUUACUCACAGAGAUCAAGUCAAGACCUCAGUCACAUACACUGUCUGGAGAUCAGGUGAGAAAACAAGCUCAUGA